AUGUCCUACCGUUAUGUCUAUCCAAAUAGAGCAACAGUCGUAGGUGCAGCUCCUGGUAGUGGUUAUAAUGUUGACCCAGGAUUAAUGUCUGCUGGUUAUCCAAAUGGUAUGCCAGCAGAUAUGUAUGAUGAUCGUCGACAACGAUCAUAUUCACCAGGAUCAUUUUCAUCCGAUAGUGAAAGUACUGAUGAUUAUGAAUAUCGUGGACGAAUGAUUACACGUGAAGCACGAUGUCCACGUGAUGUAGUUCGUGCACCAACUCCACCUCCAAUUAUUAAACGUGUAGUUGAACGAGCUCCAACACCUGAAGCACCUGUUAUGGAACGAGUUAUUAUUCGACCACAAGCUCAGGAAAUUGUUGAACGUGUUAUUGAACAACCACGUACACCACCACCACGUAUAAUUCAAAAAGAAAUGCAGGAAGAAGCACCACCACCAAUUGUUCGAACACGAGUUAUCAAAGUUGAUCGUCCACUUUGCAAUGCUUAUAGUCAACCAGGUUCACCAUAUAAUCCUUCAUAUAAUGGAUUGCCUUCAUGUUCAAAUGGUGUUAUGGGAGGUAAUAAUCCUUAUCGAACUCAUUCAAUUCUAGCUUCAGUUGGACGACCAGUUGGAUUUCAUCACCCAGUUGAUCAUAAUCCAAGUUUUUCAUCAGCAUCAAGUUUUGACUAUGCUCCACCAAUGUCAAUGGCAACAACAGUUCCUCAAACAACAAUGAUGAUGAUGCCAUCAUCACAACAAGUACAACCUAUGGGUGUUAUGCAACAACAACAACUACAGCACCAAGUACAACCAAUUGGCGUCAUGCAACAACAACAACAACAACAACCAGGACAACCUAUGGGUGUCAUGCAACCACAACCAGUACAACAACUUGUAUAUCGACCAGUUCAAAUACAACCAUCAGUACAACAUAUGGCACCUCAAUCAAUGCAACGAUUAUCAUCAAAUUAUAUUCCUUCACAUUAUAUGUAUUCAGGACAUCAAGGAAUGUCAUUGGGUUAUCGUCCAAUGAUGCAACCAGGUAGAAUGAUUCCAAGUGGUAUGCCAAUGAUGACUGCUGGUAAUACAUUUGUUCCAUCAGCAAAUCAUUUUCCAAAUCAACCACAAAUGUUUAAUCCAAUAACUCAACAACUCGUCUAUUAA